AUGAACUGUAUAUCAGACUUCUUCACCUACGAGACUACCAAGUCGGUGGUUGUGAAGAGCUGGACCAUUGGGAUCAUCAACCGAGCCGUCCAGCUGCUGAUCAUCUCCUACUUUGUGGGGUGGGUUUUCUUGCACGAGAAGGCCUACCAAGUGCGGGACACCGCCAUUGAGUCCUCAGUAGUGACCAAGGUGAAAGGCUUCGGACGCUAUGCCAACAGAGUCAUGGAUGUCUCAGAUUAUGUGACCCCACCCCAGGGCACCUCUGUCUUUGUCAUCAUCACCAAGAUGAUCGUCACUGAAAAUCAAAUGCAAGGAUUCUGUCCAGAGAAUGAGGAGAAGUACCGCUGUGUGUCUGACAGCCAGUGUGGGCCUGAGCGCUUCCCGGGUGGAGGGAUCCUCACUGGCCGCUGUGUGAACUACAGCUCUGUUCUCCGGACCUGUGAGAUCCAGGGCUGGUGCCCCACCGAAGUGGACACCGUGGAGAUGCCUAUCAUGAUGGAAGCGGAGAACUUCACCAUUUUCAUCAAGAACAGCAUCCGUUUCCCUCUCUUCAACUUCGAGAAGGGAAACCUCCUGCCCAACCUGACAGCCAAGGACAUAAAGACAUGCCGCUUCCACCCUGAAAAGGCCCCAUUCUGCCCUAUCUUGAGGGUAGGGGAUGUGGUUAAGUUUGCCGGGCAAGAUUUUGCCAAGCUGGCCCGCACGGGUGGCGUUCUGGGAAUUAAGAUCGGCUGGGUGUGUGACCUGGACAAGGCCUGGGACCAGUGUAUCCCCAAAUAUUCCUUCACCCGGCUGGACGGAGUGUCUGAGAAAAGCAGCGUUUCCCCUGGCUACAACUUCAGGUUUGCCAAGUACUACAAGAUGGAGAACGGCAGCGAGUACCGCACCCUCCUGAAGGCUUUUGGCAUCCGCUUCGACGUGCUGGUGUACGGGAACGCUGGCAAGUUCAAUAUCAUCCCUACCAUCAUCAGCUCUGUGGCUGCCUUCACCUCCGUGGGAGUGGGCACUGUCCUCUGUGACAUCAUUCUGCUCAAUUUCCUUAAAGGGGCUGAUCACUACAAAGCCAGGAAGUUUGAGGAGGUGAACGAGACAACACUGAAGGGCACCGCCUCUGCCAACCCAGUGUUCCCCGGCGACCAGGCCACUGUGGAAAAGCAGUCCACAGACUCAGGCGCCUACUCCAUUGGCCACUAGGGCCUCUUCCCAGGGUCCCACUCACCCGUAGGCUGCAGA